GAUCAAAACGAGUCAAGUUAGUUUCUUUCCUAUUUAAAAUCUAAUCCAGCCGCUCGAUUUCUCCAAAUCUUCUUCGUCAAUUCUCACGAUAUGACAAUGAAAUCAAUCUGUCUUUAACACCCAGAUCUCAAUUUCAUCGAUUUUGGUCGUUUUUUCCUCUUUAUUUGAUAGAUUUUCCCUCUGUUUUCGGCUUCUCAGCUUGGUUGGCUGCAGGAAGAAACUCGUCUUCUAGACUUCUCUGUUGAAGAAGAAGAAACGAGUUUUCUUUUUCGCGAGUUUACGGAUUCUUUUUCCACGCUGUCCAUCUUCGUCCUGUGACGCGUUUGGAUUCUGUUUAUAUUAUCAGUUAGUUGAUGUUUUGAUGAUGAGUUGCUCUUCUGGUUUCGAGCAUAUCCAAUUAAUUCCAUAAAUUUCUCCCAAUUUCCCUGGAAAAUUUUCUUAUUUUCCCUCAUCUUUACGUCUUCAAAUAGUAAUUUUCCAUCUCUGUGCUCAUAACGUCUCAUUUUUUUUUGCCAAAAUUUCAAUUCCUCUGUACACAUCAUACUCUCGGAAUCCCUCAAAUUCUUGAUGAGAAACCGAUGAUGGGUAUCCAAAAAGACAGGGUCAAAUUCAACGUAGGAGGCAGAAUCUUCGAAACGACUGCUACGACGCUCGCCAACGCAGGCCGGAAUUCAUUCUUCGGUGCUUUGUUCGAUGAAAACUGGGAUUUGUUGCAGGCAAACAGCCCCCAAGAAUUCUUCAUCGACCGAAAUCCAGACUGCUUCGCCGUCCUCCUCGAUCUUCUCCGCACGGGAGAUCUUUACAUUCCCGCCAACGUCCCCGAACGGCUCCUUUACAGAGAAGCCCUCUUUUACGGCCUGAUUGAUCACGUUCGAUCCGCUAAAUGGGGCCCUUUCGAUGGCAACAGGCUAUGCCUUGCACGGUCCAUCACGGGCUGCGCGCCGGGAGACGGCACGGCCAUUCGGGCCUCCCCCGAUGGCGGCUGCUGUGUGGCGCAUGGCAGUGUGGUGCAUGUGUUCGACUGGAUGUUAGAAGAGCAUCCGCCAAUCAAUCUUGACUACCAGAGAGUCAAUGACAUGGGCUGGAUCAAUCCAGCCAAUGUUGUGAUCAGCGCUUGUGAGCGACUUGGCCGUGGAGAUGGCGGCAUGGGGCUGUUCAGCUCGUCUACUGGUGAGCUGAAGUACAAGUUUCAGGUCAGCCAUGAGAAUCAACUCAAGAGUUACACAGCUGGGGCUUUGAGUUUCAGUCAUGACUACAAGAUUUUCGCCAGCUGCAAAGGGAGGAGUAAUGAAUAUGGAGUUGGAGUUUGGGACCAAGUGACAGGAAAACAAGUAGAUUUUUUCUAUGAAGGCCCAGGUUGGUCACUUGGUGAUGCUGAUAAGCUUCAAUGGUUAAAUGGGAGUAAUUGCUUGUUGGUUGCCACUUUGUUUCCCAGAAAAGAUAACUGUUAUAUUAGCUUACUUGAUUUUAGGGAGAAGAAGAUGGUGUGGUCUUGGUCUGACAUUCUAGCUCCUUUAACUGUUGAUGAGAAGAGGGUAAGAGAUGCCAUAGCCAUGGAGGAAAGUAACUCUAUCUGUGUUGUGAAUGAGUACGAGGAUUUAGGGUUUAUUGACUUGAGAAGCUGGGGAGGUAGUGUGAGGUGGAGCUCAAGAAGUAGGUUGAUGAAGGGGAAGAUGCCUGAUGAGCCUUGUUAUCCAAAGCUUGCAUUGCAUGAAGGACAGUUAUUCUCAUCCAUGAAUGACUGUGUUUCAGUUUUCUGUGGACCUGACUGGGUGCUAACAUCUCGGCUUCGAAGAAGCUAUGGAGGUUCAAUAUGUGAUUUCUCCAUAGGUGGGGAUCGGCUUUUUGCCUUGCAUAGUGAGGAGAAUGUGUUUGAUAUAUGGGAGACUCCACCGCCUCCAAUUAUAUGAUUCUUGUCAUUGUUUAUUUCCUUUUCUUUGAUCUGGGUAUUUUUACAUUCUGAUACAAAUAGAUUUCCUCGUCUUCGUUUUAGGUUUUCAGAAGGUAAGAGAUUGAACUACCAGCUACACAUGAUAGAGAUAGAGAAGUUACCGAAAAAACAAAACCUUUAGAUGUUGAUUAGCGUGUUUGUGUAUUGUACAGAGUUUGUUCAUUUUUAAAACAGAAAUGAUAUUACUAGCUCAGCUACCCAUAUAUUUGCUUAUGGUAACAGGGAAAUGAAAUGAUUUAUCAGCUGUCACAGCUUUGAAUUU